GGAAACGGAAGAGAGGGCGGGGACGUGUUUGGCAGCGGGACACAGCAUUUCGGUUGCGUUUUUGAUUCGUUUUGUGUCUCGGCGAUGUUUCCUAGAGUCUCGACGUUCCUACCUCUUCGCCCCCUUUCCCGCCACCCUUUGUCCUCUGGAAGCCCGGAGACAUCAGCGGCUGCGAUUAUGCUACUCGCUGCUCGGCAUGGAACGGUCAGGAUGAAAAAUAUCCAAAGAUAUUUUGACACUAACAGCGUGAUCUGUAGCAAGAAAGAUGAGCAGUCUGUUCGAACUGAUGAGACUUCCAAGGAGACUUCAGAGAGCCAAGACAGUGCAAAGGAAAAUACAAAAAAAGACUUGUUAGACGUUAUUAAGGGCAUGAAAGUUGAAUUAAGCACAGUAAAUGUACAAACAACAAAGCCCCCCAACAGAAGACCAUUUAAAAGUUUGGAAGUUACACUUGGCAGGCUUCAAAGAGCUACAGAAUAUGCUCCAAAGAAGAGACUCCUGGGCUCAAGUGAUCCUCCCACCUUAGCCUCCCAAAAGUGCUGGAAUUACAGAACUGAGCCCCUGAGUCCUGAGUUGGUGGCAGCUGCAUCUGCUGUGGCAGAUUCUCUCCCUUUUGACAAGCAAACAACAAAGUCAGAGCUACUGAGGCAGCUCCAGCAGCAUGAGGAAGAGUCAAGGGCACAGAGAGAUGCAGAGCGACCUAAAAUUAGUUUCAGUAACAUAGUAUCAGAUAUGAAAGUUGCCAGACCUUCUACAGCUAGAGUUCGUUCAAGACCAGAGCAUCAGAUUCAGUUUGAUGAAGGCUAUGACAAUUAUCCUGACCAGCAGAAGACCACUGAUCUUACAAAAAGACUUAGGAAAAACAUGUUCUCGGGGAAAAGACUUAAUAUUUUUGACAUGACAGCGGUUACUAAAGAAGCACCUGAAACAGACGCAUCACCUUCACUUUGGGAUGUGGAAUUUGCUAAGCAGUUAGCCACAGUAAAUGAACAACCCCUUCAGAAUGGGUUUGAAGAGCUGAUCCAGUGGACAAAAGAGGGGAAACUAUGGGAGUACCCAAUUAACAAUGAAGCAGGUUUUGAUGAUGAUGGUUCAGAAUUUCAUGAACAUAUAUUUCUGGAGAAACACCUGGAGAGCUUUCCAAAACAAGGACCAAUUCGCCACUUCAUGGAGCUGGUGACUUGUGGCCUUUCCAAAAACCCGUAUCUUAGUGUUAAACAGAAGGUUGAGCACAUAGAGUGGUUUAGAAAUUACUUUAAUGAAAAAAAGGACAUUCUAAAAGAAAGUAACAUACAGUUCAAUUAAGACCAUGGAAAUUUUUAUUUCAAACAAUUAGAGAUGGAUAUUACAACUAAAUAAAAUAAUUUUACUAGAA